GGGCAACGACCGACAGCUUUGCGGGCUCCUUGGAUUCGAGGUAGACUAUUUUCCGUAUGAAAGUCAUUAGGAUUUGGCUUCAGGAUGUCUGAGGUAUUACUGAAUGACUCUGCAGUAAAACAAGAAUAUUUUGAAGAUGAUGAAAGUUUGCUAAAAUCGGAUGUGUUUGACUCUGUACCUGAGGGGCUAUCAGGAGAACUUACUGAAAUCGGGUUCGACAACGGAUGUCCUGGUGUUAUUGGCCGUGAUCCUUAUGGCGAUCUAUUUUUAAUGGACCCUAAUGAUCUGCUGGGUGUGAGAGAGGAGGUUAUUGGUAAUGACACCAGCAACAGCCCAGAAAGUGUGCCUGUGUGUGACCCUUGUAUAGUGACUGCAGAUGAAUCAAAUGAUUCCACUAACGAACGCGCAAAUCAAAGACGAAAGAAGGCGAGAAUUCGAAACGUUAACCUGAGCAAGCCUGAGAUAGAUAAUCGUGAGCUUUCUGACUUGGAUGAUGGCAGUCAGACUAAUGGGUACUCAGGUGCCAAAUUUUCGCAUACCUACUCACCCGUUAAGCUAGACACCGACACAGUUUUGGGCAACGUGCCUUAUGUUUUAUAUAGUAGCGCCGCCGGAGGUCUCAGCGGGAAGGGCUUUAUUGUAAAUCGGCGAUACUCAACAGCUAUGGGACACAAACAAAUCCAUGUUUGGCAUGGACAGCCUCGUUAUCGGCGUCAUUUCGCUCUGGGUAGUAAUGCAACCAUCGCAACACGAUUUGUUCCUCAGAGUAAGUCACGUUACGAACUUACCGUUAUUUUUACGGUCGCAUUUUGUAUGAAAAGUUGUGCUAGUAAUCUUAGCCUUUUCUUAGUGCUUCUUAAACUUGAUAUUGAGUAUAUCUCACCUAUGCGUUAUCAGUUAGUACUUAAAAAACCAACAUCGACGAUGUUUAAGCAACAAAAAGAAAAGAUAAGUAACGCCAAAACGUAUCAUAAAUAUGCAAUUCGUUGA